UAGCUGUCGCGCGGGCCGGAGGAGAGGAGGGUCCGCGGCGGGCGGCAGCUGAGGCUGAGGCUGAGGCUGAGGGGAGGAGCCAAAGGCAGCGGUCGCGGCUCCCGCCCGGGCUGAGAGGCUCAUCCCGCGAAGCCCCCUCCCACACUCAGGCGGGCGGCGGCGGGAGGAGGAGGAGAAGGAGGGAGCGUCUCUGCCGCCGCCUCCUGCUCCCCAGCGCCUAGCAGCCGCCACCACCUCCCUUCGCGACGAUCCUCCCUCCAUGGUGCUGUCGCGGCCCCCCCUGUAGCCUGAGCUGCCCCGCGCCGGAGCCGGAGUCGGAGCCGGUCUCGGGCAGAGGGAGCGGUCGCGGCCUCGCGGCCCGCGCGGGGCUGACGGAGCGGAGAGUGCGACGCCUCGCGCUCCCCGAGGGUCCACACGGCCGGCGGCGCGGCCGCGAGCGACAGCGCCAGGAGCAGCAGCAGCAGCAGCAGCGGGCGGGCGGGCAGGCGGGCAGGCGGGCGGCGCCGGGCCCCGGGCCGCCCUCACUCCCACGCCCCGGCCCCGCCGCCGGAGCCAGGGCGGCAGCCGGCAGGAAAGGGGCUGCGGUCUCCCGGCCUCGCGGCUCCGGUUGAGCUUCCUCAGCGCUGAGGGCUUGCGGGUCCAGAAGGGGAGGACUCGAGCCGGGAGCCGGGCGCUGAGCUCUUGGGCGCCCCCAACCCAGUUUUCUGAACCCUCCACGCUGCGGCCGCUGUCCCCUCUGGACCAUGGCCGACGACGACGUGCUGUUCGAGGAUGUGUACGAGCUGUGCGAGGUGAUCGGCAAGGGUCCCUUCAGUGUUGUACGGCGAUGUAUCAACAGAGAAACUGGGCAACAAUUUGCUGUAAAAAUUGUUGAUGUAGCCAAGUUCACAUCAAGUCCAGGGUUAAGUACAGAAGGUAAGAGAUGGAUUUCAAAUCUAAAGCGUGAAGCCAGUAUCUGUCAUAUGCUGAAGCAUCCACACAUUGUAGAGUUAUUGGAGACAUAUAGCUCAGAUGGAAUGCUUUACAUGGUUUUUGAAUUUAUGGAUGGAGCAGAUCUGUGUUUUGAAAUCGUAAAGCGAGCAGAUGCUGGUUUUGUAUACAGUGAAGCUGUAGCCAGCCACUACAUGAGACAGAUACUGGAAGCUCUGCGCUACUGUCAUGAUAAUAACAUAAUCCACAGGGAUGUGAAGCCCCACUGUGUUCUCCUUGCUUCAAAAGAAAACUCUGCCCCUGUCAAGCUUGGGGGUUUUGGGGUAGCUAUUCAAUUAGGAGAAUCUGGACUUGUUGCUGGAGGACGCGUUGGAACACCACACUUUAUGGCCCCAGAAGUGGUCAAGAGAGAGCCUUACGGAAAGCCUGUCGAUGUCUGGGGCUGUGGUGUGAUCCUUUUCAUCCUGCUCAGCGGUUGUUUGCCUUUCUAUGGAACCAAGGAAAGAUUGUUUGAAGGCAUUAUUAAAGGAAAAUACAAGAUGAAUCCAAGGCAGUGGAGCCAUAUCUCUGAAAGUGCCAAAGACCUAGUACGCCGCAUGCUGAUGCUGGAUCCUGCUGAAAGGAUCACUGUUUAUGAAGCACUGAAUCACCCAUGGCUUAAGGAGCGGGAUCGUUAUGCCUACAAAAUUCAUCUUCCAGAAACAGUAGAACAACUGAGGAAAUUCAACGCAAGGAGAAAACUAAAGGGUGCAGUACUAGCUGCUGUGUCAAGUCACAAAUUCAACUCCUUCUACGGGGACCCUCCUGAAGAGUUGCCAGAUUUCUCCGAAGACCCUACCUCCUCAGGACUUCUAGCAGCAGAAAGAGCCGUCUCUCAGGUGCUGGACAGCCUAGAAGAGAUUCACGCACUUACAGACUGCAGUGAAAAGGACCUAGAUUUUCUACACAGUGUUUUCCAGGAUCAGCAUCUUCACACACUGCUAGAUCUCUAUGACAAAAUUAACACAAAGUCUUCACCACAAAUCAGGAAUCCUCCAAGCGAUGCAGUACAGAGAGCCAAAGAGGUAUUGGAAGAAAUUUCAUGUUACCCUGAGAAUAAUGACGCAAAGGAACUAAAGCGCAUUUUAACACAACCUCAUUUCAUGGCCUUACUUCAGACUCAUGAUGUAGUGGCACAUGAAGUUUACAGUGAUGAAGCAUUAAGGGUCACACCUCCCCCAACCUCUCCUUAUUUAAAUGGCGAUUCUCCAGAAAGCGCUAACGGAGACAUGGAUAUGGAGAAUGUGACCAGAGUUCGGCUGGUACAGUUCCAAAAGAACACAGAUGAACCAAUGGGAAUCACUUUGAAAAUGAAUGAGCUAAAUCAUUGUAUUGUUGCAAGAAUCAUGCAUGGGGGUAUGAUUCACAGGCAAGGUACACUUCAUGUUGGUGAUGAAAUUCGAGAAAUCAAUGGCAUCAGUGUUGCUAACCAAACAGUGGAACAGCUACAAAAAAUGCUUAGGGAAAUGCGGGGGAGUAUCACCUUCAAGAUUGUGCCAAGCUACCGCACUCAGUCUUCAUCCUGUGAGAGAGAUUCCCCCUCCACUUCCAGACAGUCCCCUGCUAAUGGUCAUAGCAGCACUAACAAUUCUGUUUCGGACUUGCCAUCAACCACCCAACCAAAAGGACGACAGAUCUAUGUAAGAGCACAAUUUGAAUAUGAUCCAGCCAAGGAUGACCUCAUCCCCUGCAAAGAAGCUGGCAUCCGAUUCCGAGUUGGUGACAUCAUCCAGAUCAUUAGUAAGGAUGACCACAACUGGUGGCAGGGUAAACUGGAAAACUCAAAAAAUGGAACCGCGGGUCUCAUUCCUUCUCCUGAACUUCAGGAAUGGCGAGUAGCUUGCAUCGCCAUGGAGAAGACCAAACAAGAGCAGCAGGCCAGCUGUACUUGGUUUGGCAAGAAAAAGAAGCAGUACAAAGAUAAAUAUUUGGCCAAGCACAAUGCAGUGUUUGAUCAAUUAGAUCUUGUCACAUAUGAGGAAGUAGUCAAACUGCCAGCAUUCAAAAGGAAAACAUUAGUCUUAUUAGGCGCACAUGGUGUUGGGAGAAGACACAUAAAAAACACCCUCAUCACAAAGCACCCGGACCGGUUUGCAUACCCCAUUCCACAUACAACCAGACCUCCAAAGAAAGAUGAAGAAAAUGGCAAGAAUUAUUACUUUGUAUCUCAUGACCAAAUGAUGCAAGACAUCUCAAAUAAUGAAUACUUGGAGUAUGGUAGCCACGAGGAUGCAAUGUACGGAACAAAACUGGAGACCAUUCGGAAAAUCCAUGAGCAGGGGCUGAUUGCAAUACUGGACGUGGAGCCUCAGGCACUGAAGGUCCUGAGAACUGCUGAGUUUGCUCCCUUUGUUGUCUUCAUUGCGGCGCCAACUAUCACUCCAGGCUUAAACGAGGAUGAAUCCCUUCAGCGCCUCCAGAAGGAGUCUGACGUCUUGCAGAGAACCUAUGCACACUACUUCGAUCUCACAAUUAUCAACAACGAAAUUGAUGAGACAAUCAGACAUCUGGAGGAAGCUGUCGAGCUCGUGUGCACAGCCCCACAGUGGGUCCCAGUUUCCUGGGUCUAUUAGGCUUCUCUGUGGCUAUCUGAGUCCAAAACUGGGAGCAGCCUCCUAUGUGGAAAAGCCUCUUUGUUAUCGACCUUGUGUCAGCAGGUCAUGGUCCCUAGAGACUACCUAGUUGUAGUGUGACCUACAUUUAUAAUUAUUGUCAUGUCCGAAUAGAUAGGAGGAGAAAAUCAAUUACACACUAAUUUAAAGAGACAGUAUCUUUUUUAAUCAGUUCUCCUAAACUUUAAUAAAAUGUAUCUUUAAAUGUAUGUAUUAUUCAAUCCUUUGGAAUGUUAUAUUUUUGGAAAUCAUAGCUUUUUAUUUCCAAGGCCCCUAAAAACUGCACAAAAUAGAUGCUGCUUUCUAUAAUCUAUUUUAAUAAUAAUAAACAAUGAUUCUGUUACCUUGACUGGGGGUGGAACACUACAUUCUUUUUAGAGUCUGAUUUUAUGGAUUGGAGUAUCUUUCUUUCCUUUAUUUAUUUGAAAUAAUUAGUCUAGUGAUUGCAAAACAGUCAUAAAUUUUUAAAGGCCUUUUUUCUCUCUCUUUUUUUAAGUCCUUUAUGUAACAUCCAGAUACUGUGAUACUGUCUCUUUGAAGCACCCUGUAAACCUUUUAGAGAUUUGAAGUUGGGUCUUGACUCUUAAUGCAUGUGGACAGUCGCGAGCAUUUAUGCUGUCGGUGUGUCUGUGUUGGACAAAACAAUCUGUAAUUACAGCAAAGUACAUUCCGUUCAUGGGGCACACCCAGGGGAAUAAGAAUAAAUUACUAUUAUGACUAAGUUGUAAACCUAUGCACAUCCCUUGCAUUUCGGGCAACUUUAUAAAACAGGAAAAAAAAAGGAAACUGAUUUUUAUUAAUAAUAAUCAUGUAGUGAAAUGUGUUUGUAAUUUUGUCUCAAUUUAAUUUGUUGUAAGGUGGGAGGGGGUAUUGCUGGUUUCGCCAUUUCAGAUCUGUGUUGUCUAAGAGUAUUAACGUUUUAAUUAAGCAAAGAAAUGCGGAUUUUUAAUCUGUAUGUAAUUGUUUUAAGCACCCAUUUAAAGAGAAUAUACUGUGCAAUGAAGAAACCAGUUUAGGCAUUUGCUGCAAACUGAAUUAUUCCAAAAGAAUAAUCUAUAACAUCCCUGUAAAUUCCUUUAAAAUGAUAACUAACAGGACAGUCUGACCAUUUUUUAAAAUAUACUUCAUUGUAUGUGUUCAAUAAUUAAAUGCCUUUGGGUCCUUCAUUUCAUUAUAUAUUUGUUCAGGUCUCCAAGCUGGCAAUCUUCAGUUUUAAAAUUUGUUAGAUGCUCACCAACCCAUCAAAGGCCCAGGAAUGAGUUAUCAGUUGGCGGGGCAACAAAGCAGCCUGCCAGGGCACAGCUUGGAGCACAUCUGACUCCAAGGGCCGCCUGUGGUCUCUCCUUCCUCUUGCUCUAUCCCUUGGCACAGGGGAAUCACCUGUCUUUGUUGCUUCAGAAACAUUCACCAUCUCACCCCCCGCUAUGCUGUCAGAAUCAGUAGAGGAGCUUUAGGCUGGGGAUCUCAGACUCUUUGCCAGAGGUCACUAGAGUGUUUCCCCUUCAUGUGAGAGGACAAGGCGCUGACAUGACUCUGGUCCUUGGAAACAGACCAUCUCUUUCAUUUCUCGCGGGUUAGGUGGCCUCUGUCACUUUGUGCCUUGGCAGAAUGUUCAAAAUGAGUUCUGGGCUGAACAGCUCCUCUUUGGCACUGAACAGAGAAGGCACUUUGGCAUUCAUACUCCUCUCCUAUUCCCAGCAUCCCACCCUGCCCAGCUAUUAGUACACAAUACCAUUUGAUUUCUGUUUGUAGAUCAUUCUUUCUCGGUGCCCAGAUGGGUCACAACUUACCAACAAGAUCUUGUGAGAAAUAACUUGUGUUUAGUCCCGCAGCGGGGUGACCGAACAGCACACCAGAAGCAGGCUCAAAAGUGGGCUCUUGCUAGGGGAAGGGAGGAGACUACAGGUCUUGCUUAAGGCUGUGUAGUGCUGACCUCAACCCUAACUGGUGCCCAGGCCAGACACCAUUACUUCAGUAGUACUGACCGUAAGCCACUCUUUUCCCAGUGGCCCCGUACCUGCUCUACCUCUUCCAGUAAAGCACAAAGAAGACUGCAACUAAAGUGUGGGAAACAGAACCAUCUAGAAUCCCUUCCUCUUCUCUUCUCCCCCCCCCCUUCCCGACCCCCCGCUUGCCCUUGAGAGCAGAUCUCCAGAUAUGCUGGCAAGGUCUGUCUUUAGCCAUCUACCACGUUCCUACGGGUAGAAAUGAGCAUAGGGAAAGUAAGGCCAGCUCAAAGGCCCGUGACCCGAGACUGAGAGAAGGACUCUGGUACUUGGGGGCCUGGGGUACUUCUCUCCUCACUGUCCUCCUGGAGGUUCUGAGAGAGAAAAAAAAAAAAAAGAGCACAGGCAGGCAUCCUUCCUGCCCUUAUACAGGUGGUGACGACCCCGCACCUAGAACAUGGCAACCUCCCCCACAGAUCAUUUGUUCUUUUCCACUAAUCCACGCAUCUAAAGUGUGUGUUUAUGGCCUGGAGGAGAAAGCAUUUCUGAAGUCAGUAUUAUCAGUACAAUCGAACCUCAAGCAAUCAGAGGAAAUUGCUAAAAGCUUCUUGACUGCCUCCAUUUCAUCAUCAGAAACACACACGUGCGCUUUUAAAUGUUACAGCAAAUAGCAGUAGACAGUUGAAUUGUAUCAGAAAGCCAGAUUUUGGGUCGCCUCUGACACCCCAGCCACAUUCCACAACAGGAGAGUUUGGAUCUCCUAAGGUCUUUGUUAAAAAGAUGGAGUGCCCUGAUUUUCUAAUCAUGAAGCAGUAAUUACUUCUCACGUGCAGUGUAUUCCUAUCUGAACACUAAAAAGGAAAGUGUCAGUCAGUUUAAUUCAUCUGGAAGGUUCCCAGUGUCGAGAUAACAUUGUAAGUUUUUUAGAUGCACCCUGUCAGGUGAGGUGGCUUAAAAUAUCUGCUCAGAAAGGCCAAGAAACCCAUUGACCUACUUCUUGCUACUUGCAUGCAGAAGGCAAAGUCUCAGCCUGUGGGUGGCAGAAUAGCUAAAGCUGCAGAGUUCCCCAGCAUGCAGGAAGGGGCAGGAAACAGCGCCUUUCCUGCACCCAAGGCCUGGAACAGGCAGGCAGGCAGGCAGGCAGGCAGGCAGGCAGUCCAAGCCUUCCUUUGAAGCUACUGUUAUCUUUUCAAGCUUUUCAUCUCGGAGUUCUAUUUUUCCAAUCAGGUGUGUCUUCAUUAAGAUUGCCAGUUUAUUCUUUAAGAAAGUUGAAUCAAUUGAGCCACCCUCCAGGAAAUGAGGAGCUACCCAGAAUGGAAACUGCCCCUUAAGGAUGAGGCAGCCCAAAGCAUUCUCUUGUCUCCAACAGAUGGGAUGGUCUUUAGCAUCUUAGGUCAGAUUCUUACACAGAGCAAAAUUAAGCUUGCUUUGCCACUAACAUCCAGAAGACAGCUUGGUUGGUGAAUUCUCUAUAAAGAUGUCUCCUUGGAAAGAACAGAGGGUGCACUGAUAAGCAUUCCAAAAUCAAGCCACUUGCAGCCCUCAUCACUCCUUAUUUCAGGUCAGCAACCUGGAGAUGCAGCUAGCGGUGAGUGACUGUGAGAACUGAGCACAGCCUGCCUUGUCUGUCACAAGAGCUGUCUAUGCCAAGGCACCCUGAAGCCCCUACAUGCAUUUUUCUCAUUCUGCGCCUCCAAUUAAUUCUUUUAGAGAGAUGCCUUGCUUCUUACUAUGGCUUUCAGGAGGGCUGCAUGCUCUUCUCAUCUGUGCUUUCGUCUGGGGGCACUUGCCCUUUUCUGGCCCCUUUAGAAAUAGGGUCUCCCUGUCUACGUGGUACUACUCGCUACGGGACUGUACUUGGGAGGCCUACUGUGAAUUGGCUGUGCCUGGUCACUGCACAUGUCCAUUUGCCUUAAACUUGUGGGAAGUCUCAGAUUGCCCGGCUUCCAGAGUGAAGUUCAGCUGUCACAUCCAUCCAGAUGUGAAAAAGAGGGAAGGGGAGAGAAGAAGAGAGUCCCAGGCUUCCCAUCUGUACUUCCUGCUGGUGCCCUCCACCCACAGCAACAGCAGCAGCUAUAGGGAAAGAGAAGUACUGUCCCCUAGACAGGCGUCCUCCAGUCUUAGCUGUUAGAGGGAUGGCAGGGAACAUCCUGACUCCCCACUGUCACCCUCCAUUAACUCCCUUGAAUGAACCUGUGCAAAUGGACCAAGCAAAAGAAAAAGGAAGGAGAUGUUGGCAGCCACACAAGAGACCUCCUUUCUGAUCCCAAGCACACCUCCAGCUCUGCGUAUGGGCAAAAACUCGCACUUUGCUACUAGUUAAGAGUUAAAUCUGUUCUCUGUAGCAUGCGACCGAGUAAGGUCCAGGGAUGAGUCUUUCUGGACCCAGGAGAGAACCCCAGCAGAGGGACACGUGCUUGGGAGUAGAAGUAGGUAUUUCUCCACAGAAAGUGGCCUUGCCUUUAUUUUUCAUUUAGCAGAGACCAAGAAUUGAGGGGGGAGGGGGGUCAGGGCUGAUUUCUGGUCUUUGAUGUCGCCUGGGAUGUCCUCUGUAGGCAGGUCGUGCUGAGACCAACAGCAUCGUGUUCCGUGCAGUGUAGGUGCGUUGCCCCUCAGAUCAGUUCUGAGGUGUCUUUGCAUAAAGCUUUGCCAACGUGUUCUUUCUUUCUGUAUGUAUUAUUGCCUUUUUAUAAAAGGUUUUGAAGUAUAAAAGUAUUGUCUCAGUGAUAAAAAGAGAGAGAUGUUAAUGGUUGUUGUAUAUUUCACCAUAUCCGAUUGUAAGUAUUUGCAGGGUACAGCAAAGCCUUAGCUUGCAAGAGGAGCUGAAGGGGUUGGAAAGGUUCGGAUCCUUUGUAAAUGUCCUGCUUUUCUUUCUCUCUGUGUGUAUCUAUUUACAUGCCUUAGCACACGCCCUCCCAUCCCAAUCCCUUUGCCCUGUUGCCUGAACAACCACAAUGCUGGUGGCACUGCCAGCACAGUACAAGUCGAAAUCAGUUAUCUCGUGUGGCAGGGGAAGAAGAGAAACUGCAUAGUAUUCUUUGUAGAAUAUACAUACCUGUAGGAUGCUGUGUAAUGGGAAACCAUAGACUUGGGCUUUUGUCAUUUCAAAGUUGGAGAAAUGUAUGAAUAAAAUGUAUAAAACAUGAAAA